AUGGACCAGGGGACCCUCAAAAUUGAGGGAAUACCACAGAUUGAUGCUCUGGCUUCUUGCCAUUUGAGCUAUGGGACCAGUGUGGUAGUAGGAGCUCCUCCAUCAUCUAAAAUGCUCACCUAUGAUCCUAUGCUACUGUUCACUGGGCGCACCUGGAAAGGAUGUGUUUUUGGAGGUUGGAAAAGUAAAGAUGACGUCCCAAAACUAGUUUCUGACUUUUUGGCAAAGAAAUUUGAUUUGGACCAGUUAAUAACCCAUGUUUUGCAUUUCAAAGACAUCAACGAAGGAUUUGACUUGCUCUCCCAAGGAAAAAGCAUUCGAUCGGUCCUUCUGCUGUGA